AUGGAUCAUGAAGCUGCCCAGCUGGAGAAGCAGCAUGUGCAUGACGUGUAUGAGAGCACAGCGCCUUACUUCAGUGACCUGCAGAGCAAAGCUUGGCCUCGUGUCCGCCAGUUCCUCCAGGAGCAGAAGCUGGGUAGCCUCAUCGCUGACAUAGGUUGUGGGACUGGAAAGUAUCUUAAAGUGAACAGCCAGGUACAUACCCUGGGCUGUGACUACUGUGGGCCAUUGGUAGAAAUUGCCCGAAAUAGAGGAUGUGAAGUCAUGAUAUGUGACAACCUUAAUCUCCCCUUUAGGGAUCAGGGUUUCGAUGCCAUCAUCUCUAUAGGAGUCAUACAUCAUUUCUCCACAAAACAAAGAAGAAUCAGAGCAAUAAAAGAAAUGGCUAGAGUCUUAGUUCCCGGGGGCCAGCUGAUGAUCUAUGUUUGGGCUAUGGAACAAAAGAACCGUCACUUUGAAAAGCAAGAUGUGCUUGUUCCAUGGAACAGGGCCUUAUGUUCCCAAGUCUUCUCAGAACCCAGCCAGUCUAGGAGAAAGAGGCACUGUGGACAUGCAGAAACGAGCCAUCCAUACCAUCCUGCUUGCUCUGAGUGUAGCUGUUCCGGUUGUUUUAAAGAAAGAUGUGAUCCAAAACAGUCCCAUAGCAUAGACCACUACAUGGCCAGAAGCUGUUGUGUAAAUAUCUCUAAGGAAGGUGAGGAAGAAAAUGGAUUCUAUAACACAUUAGGCAAAUCUUUUCGUUCCUGGUUUUCCUCCAGAUCUUUGGAUGAAUCAACACUGAGAAAGCAAAUGGAAAGAGUGAGACCCUUGAAAAACACAGAAUUUUGGGCCGAUGGCACUAUCUCAGUUCAGCCUGCCAGACAUUCUAGUCUAGAUUUAGGUCACCAAGAGCCAUAUUCAACAAAAGAGCAAAAUUUAGAUGAGGAAGUGUUUGUUUCUUCCCAGAAAAAUGUGCAGUGGCUGAGAACACAAGGCCCACUGAAGCAUUUCAAUGGAGACCAUCAUGGAGAAAUUAGGAGAAAUGGAGAUGGUCAUUUUCUGGAUGGCAUGAAUACCAAUAAGGAUUGUAUGGGUACAGGUAACUUAGAAGAAGUUAACCCUUCUCCUAGUAAAAUAUUAAGAAAGAGUUCUACAGUUGAUUCCACAGAUUCCAUCCCAGAUGACACAAUUUCUGUUGAAGAGCAACAACAAGAUAUUUUGGAUUCCAGAUCCUUUAUGCGCUACUACCAUGUGUUUCGAGAAGGCGAGCUCGAUAGCCUGCUGACGGACCAUGUAUCAGAGCUCCACAUUCUGAACUCUGGGAAUGAUCAUGGCAACUGGUGUAUUAUUGCAGAGAAAAAGAAAAAUUAUUAUUGA